GAAUAAUCAAGAGGGAAAAGUCUUCUAAUUUUAUGGAAAAGAAGCCUUCGACCAUAUUCAAAUUUUGGUUGGCUAAGCCAUAAAAGAGCAAUAGUUCAUAAUGGAAGAAAGAAACCAUUUUUUUAUUUUUCUUUUUUGGCUUUGCUGAUAUUUUUAUUAAUUCUCCUCUUAUUCCUAAGCUAAAUCCAUCUUCCCAAAAUUGAAAAAAAAACGAGUAUCUUGCAACCCCAGUCACCACCAAGCUUUGAUCUUUCUGAAUAAGCAAGUUGAGUUUUUUUUAUUGUCCCCCCCCCCUUUUUCUGGGUUGUUUUAAAACAAAGAUUUGGGUUUUUUUUCUCCUUCUGUUUUAAUGGGAGCUUGUUGGAGCAAUCAAAUAAAGUCUAUCUGGUCUUCAACCACAGUUAAAUCAAGUAGUGAGGCCAGAAAUGAUAAAAAUUGGAGUGGUUCAAGCAGUAAGGUUUCUUCAGCUUGUACAAUACCACAACAACCUUCAAGGAGUGAAGGUGAAAUUUUGCAAUCUUCAAAUUUAAAGAGUUUCACUUUCAUUGAGCUUAGGGCAUCUACCAGAAAUUUCAGACCAGAUAGUGUAUUAGGACAAGGUGGAUUUGGUUCUGUUUACAAAGGAUGGGUUGAUGAACAUUCACUUACAGCUACCAAGCCUGGUUCUGGUAUUCUUAUUGCUGUUAAGAGGCUCAAUCAAGAUGGUAUCCAAGGUCACAAGGAAUGGCUGGCUGAAAUCUACUAUCUUGGACAAUUAGAUCACCCUAACCUUGUGAAAUUGAUUGGUUACUGUUUAGAAGACGAGCAUCGGCUUCUCGUUUACGAGUUCAUGCCACGGGGUAGCAUGGAAAAUCAUUUAUUCAGAAGAGGAUCACACAUUCAGCCGCUUUCUUGGGGUGUACGGAUGAAGCUCGCACUCGGUGCUGCCAAAGGAUUAGCCUUUCUUCACAAUGCCAAAACACAAGUCAUAUACCGCGAUUUUAAAACGUCAAAUAUCUUGCUUGAUUCGGAUUACAAUGCAAAACUCUCGGAUUUCGGGUUAGCUAGGGAUGGACCAACUGGUGAUAGGAGCCAUGUUUCUACUAGGGUCAUGGGAACCCACGGUUAUGCUGCCCCAGAGUAUCUAGUCACAGGUCAUUUGACUGCCAAGAGCGACAUAUACAGCUUCGGAGUUGUUCUUCUAGAAAUAAUAUGUGGCCGACGAGCUAUUGACAAGAACAAGCCGUCUGGUGAACACAAUCUAGUAGAAUGGGCAAAACCUUACCUGACCAACAAACGUAGAGUAUUCCGCGUACUCGAUACCCGUCUCCAGGGCCAAUAUUCAUUGAACCGAGUCCAAAAGGCGGCUCACCUUGCACUUCAUUGCUUAGCCAAAGAACCCAAAUCAAGGCCAAGCAUGGAUGAGGUCGUAAAAAGGCUCGAGCAGCUUCAGGAGCCAGGAGGUACACCAGGAAACGCCAUGUAAACGCCGGUAAACCAACCACUAUACCCUUUGCCUUUGCCUUUGCCGCCUCGUGUGUAAAUGAAAACCUUCCGAUGCAGCAGUGAUAUCGUUAUUCGUUACUGAAUUGAACAUCCACGAGAACGGUUCGUCGAAUUUAAGCGCGAGGAUAUGAGAGCAUGCAUGAAAAUUUGCUGGUUUUUAGUAUACAUAUCAUACCAUAAUGAUUUAAAAAGUGAAGAAUAUAUGGUCAAUUUUAUCUGGAAAAUGCUUUGUGUGUUAAUGUAAUUAAGCACAUAUUGGACCCUGUCUA